AACCCAAGGAAGUUCUAAAGAGGAAACUGCAAGACUUUUGGGAAACUAUGCAGUCCAAACGGGAGUGUGAGCAAUGGUGUGAGAGGGUGAAUCCAGAGAACAAGGCAGCCCUGGAGGCGUGGGUAAGGGAGACUGGCAUUCGCCUGGUGCAGGUCAACGGGCAAAGGAAGUAUGGCGGGCCACCCCCAGGCUGGGUGGGCAGCCCGCCACCGUCAGGGUCCGAGGUAUUUAUCGGACGACUACCGCAGGAUGUGUACGAGCACCAGUUGAUCCCACUCUUCCAGCGCGUGGGACGCCUCUAUGAGUUCCGCCUAAUGAUGACCUUUAGUGGCCUGAACCGCGGCUUUGCCUAUGCGCGCUACAGCUCACGGCGCGGUGCCCAGGCCGCCAUUGCUACGCUGCACAACCACCAGCUGCGGCCUUCUUGCCAGCUCCUGGUAUGCCGAAGUACCGAGAAGUGCGAGCUGACGGUGGACGGGCUCCCUCUUAGCUUGAACCGACGUGCGUUACUGCUUGCCCUGCAACCGCUCGGUCCCUGCCUGCAGGAGACAUUGCUGCUACCGAGCCCUGGGUCUGCGCCCUCUCAAAUUGCACUGCUCAAGUUUAGCACUCACCGAGCUGCUGCCAUGGCCAAAAAGGCUCUGGUAGAAGGGCAGUCACGCCUCUGUGGAGAGCAGGUGGCUGUGGAGUGGCUCAAGCCAGACCUGAAGCAGCACUUCCGCCAACAGCUUGCGGGUCCCUCACUGCGGUUUCUAAGGCCAGAUGUCAGCCAACUAGCCCAGACCAGGGACAAGCUGGGGUCCCAAGGGGCUCGGGCCGCUCUGCAACAGCUGUGUCAACGGAUGAAGCUAGGCUGCCCAGUGUUCCUUACCAAGUGUUUAGGAACGGGGCCUGCCGGCUGGCAUCGCUUCUGGUACCAAGUUGUGAUCCCUGGGCAUCCAGUGCCUUUCAGUGGCCUCAUUUGGGUUGUGCUGACCUCUGAUUGGCAGGAUGGGCAUGAGGUGGCCAAGGAUGCUGUAUCUGCACAGCUGCUGGAAACACUGAGUGAAUCUAGGACCAGCUUAUGGUCUCCUAGGGCUGAAGCGGGUUCUGUGGUGAAGCAGUGACCCCUUCUUCCUACAGGCACCCUAAUGGGUAAGCAGAGCCUGUGCCAACCCCCAGCCCAGCAGGCCUGGGCAGCCACUACUUAUCCCAAGGAGAAGGUCUGGUGACAGCUUUCCCUGCUGGGACAGGACCCUGUCACACCUAAGUGCUACUUUAGUUGUGAGGAACCUUGCCCUCCCCCACUGAGCCCAGGGUCUGAUUAGACCUCUGACCUAUUAUCCUUAGUCAGUUCCCUGCUUGACAAAUAACCCGCCACACACACACAAGGGCUUACUAUGAAUCUGUGUUUUAUUUGGAGAACUGGCUGAACCAAAGAGCCCUUCCUCCCACCACUGGUCACUGGUUUGGGCUUAUAUGGUUCUUGUUUUCCUAUACCGGUUUUAUUUAUAUUAAAACCCUGGUUGGUAUACAUG